GGUUAAGUUAGGUUAUGUUAUUUGUUUACGUUUACAAAGCUUUUCCUUAUAAACUAUUUUAUUAUUUUUCAUUAAGUUCCUCGUGAAAACGAUAGAAAAUGGUGCGUAAAUUGAAAUUCCACGAACAAAAACUACUGAAAAAAGUAGACUUCAUUUCCUGGGAAGUGGACAACAACUUGCACGAAGUAAAAGUGCUCAAAAAGUACCAUAUACAAAAACGCGAAGACUACACCAAAUACAACAAACUAAGCAAAAGCAUACGAGAAGUGGCAAGAAAAAUAAAGGAACUUGACCAAAAGGACCCAUUUAGAACCGAGACAAGUGCACAACUACUUGAAAAAUUAUACGUCAUGGGUUUGAUCCCUACAAGAUGGGACUUGAGUUUAGCCGAAAAAGUUACAGCCUCUUGCUUUUGCAGAAGAAGAUUGCCUGUAGUUAUGGUCAGGAAUAAAAUGUCGGAAAACAUUAAAGGAGCCACAAAAUUAAUUGAACAAGGCCAUGUAAGGGUGGGGCCUGAAUUAAUCAAGGAUCCUGCAUUUUUAGUUACAAGAACUUUGGAAGAUUUUGUUACCUGGGUCGAUAGUUCUAAGAUAAGAAAGCAUGUGCUGGAUUAUAAUGGAUUGAAUAUAGGUUUGCGUUACAUUGAGCUGUAGGAUGGCGGAACUAUAACGUCCACCCCAUACCCCAAUAGAGGUACCUACCAUAUUAAUCAAUGACUCGACCAGUGCCUUAUAAAUCAUCGUAAGUAGCUGCCUAGACCAUAAUCUCACGCAAUGUGUAAAAUUUAUAAAUAAAUUUUAUUAGAUUAUUUUUCAGUCUAAAAACAUGGUGUUCACAUUCAAGACGACAGCCAAUAAUUAUCCGGUUAAUUUGUACUUAUGUGCAGGUUCAACAUGGAGCCGCGGUAACCCAUAAAACUUUUCCUGAAACGGAUGUUUUGUAAAUAGUAGACGUCUACUUACACGUCUUGAAAAUAUCUUGAAGACAUUAAUUUGUUACAAAACCCAACGUCUCAGACGUCUACUGUCUGCAAACUCAUGUCUGAAAUAAAAAUCAUUUCAAAUGCGCUUUUACACGAUAGAAUUUAAGGGAAGUUUUCG